UUGGAGUCAACCGUAAACAUGGUCCGAAAAAGAAGUGUUGUUUGGGGCUUUUUUAAAGCCGUCGACUCAGAGUCGGCCCAGUGUCUGCUCUGCGGGGAUUAUCUGGUCAAAUCGGGAUCGGGCACCACCACUAACUUGCUGAGGCACCUGCGUGUCAAACAUCCCACCGCGGUCGUGAGGAAGAGUAAGGGUCGGCUGACAGAAACUACCCCCAUCAAUGGUCAUGAGGACAUGGAGGCGGGCAGUGAACGGUUCUGCUCCGUGGAAGUAGCUUUGGAGGAAGGAGAUGCUGAAACCCUUACCACAGAGAACGAAGCUGGUAUUAACUCUGCUAUUAAUAGCAUCCUGGAAGCUGCACAUGGAGGUCCAGCAGAAGAAAUAACACAUGGAAAAUCGAGCGUUGACCAUCCUGUAACUCGUAGAUGGACUAAACGCAGCUUGAUUUGGAGGCAUUAUGAGCGCCUGGACAGUUUGGCUGCUGCUCGUUGCCGCAUCUGCAUGAAGAAGUUGCAGUGCUUUGAGGGCGGCAGCACCAGCAACCUGCAUCGGCACAUGUCCAAGAGACACCCUGAGAUGUUUUCUCAGCUAUUUGUAGACGGGAGGCACCCACCAACACCCCACGCAUCACAGGGCUCCAGUGCUAACGGUGACACAUCAACACCGCCAGAAUCUGCUGGGGCGACAGAGAAGCAGAGACAGUUUUCUGGACUGUGUGAAGGAGAAAGGCGUAUGUUUAGGAGAGAGCGGGAGCUGAUUGAAGCUCUGAGGAGCGCGCAGAGGGAGGAGGCUCGGGCUCUGGAGCAUCAGAGGGAGCUGCUUGACAAGCUGCGUACAGUAAAUGCCAGGGAGGCGGCUGCAGAGAGGGAGCAGAUUGAGUCACUGAGGAAAGCACAGCUGGAGGAAGCCAAAGACUUAAGUAGACAGAGAGAAGAGCUGCAGAAGGAAAAGGCCGAGCUGCAGAGGAAAAGGGAAGAGCUUCGGCAGGAAAGAGAAGAACUUGUCUUGUUUUCCAGAGGACGGCAAGCCUCCUGAUUCUGAUACAACGUGACUGUCCUGUUGCUGUCAUCACCAAUUUCGGAUUUUCUAUAAAUACUUCUGGACCCAUUCAGACACAUGAUGAUGUAAA